UGUUCAUUAAUUACAUUAAACUCUUGAUGAAGAAGAAGGAUCCGAUUCCCUUCACUCAGUUCUUUGAGAUACUUGUAAAAUAUUUGGUCUCAAACAUGACUGUCAAAGAGUUUCAAUUUGAACUCAAUCUAGUGGUGGGCUGUCCAGAGGCCGAACUCAUGGUUCCAGUUCUGGAGUAUUGGUUGCCAUACUUUAAGCCCAAAUCGCAAACAGAGAUCUUCUCCAAUACUGCUAUUUCGCAGGAAACCAAAGACCGACUUCUGAUGGGAAUCAAUCGGAAAGGAGGCGAAGACAUGGCCGGUGAUGAUGAGCCGGAGUUUGUCUCGAAGCCUAUUGUUUUGAUGUAUUCCACUUUCUCUCUGCUGUCCAUUGAUUUUAUUAGCAAACACUCUGUUUACGCGUCAGACGAGCCGUCGAGGAAGGCUCUCAACGAAUGUGGAGUCUAUUUGUCAUUGAUUUUAUUGUUUUCAAGUAUUCAACCGCAGAGUAUAUGCAAUAAAGUGCACGGUUUGGUCCAAAGGCUGAUUAACGAUACCAUAAAAGUGGACGACUUCAUGAGUAAAGUCAUAGACCUUCUUGAGCUGGAGAUCCGUACGGGAAUCACUUCGGAACUAUUGAAACAAACACUGCCUCAACUGCGGUACGUAUUGAGCAAAAACAUGGCAUCGCUUGAGGGCAUCACAAUCGGUCCGUUGCCGGCCUCCAAGUCGGUGAGCCGACUGAACAGAGGCCAGCCGUCGGAACACGACUACUUCGACGCCCGCUAUGAGGACAGUUCGGACAAACGGACGCUGUAUUUGCGGGACAAACGCAAAUGCAAAGGCGCUUACAAAGAGCUCUACUGGAAAGUGGCCAACAAACAGCUCCGCCGUCGACCCGGACACUGGGUUUCCUACGACUUUGACGCCACUCUGGACACGGUUUGGGGCGACUCAGGCCGCUCAGCGGUGGACCAGUUGACCGUCGAUGAGUUGAACGCCGUGUACGACCAGUUGAAGCGCAGAGAGAUGAGCGAAAUUGAACUCUUCCAUGAGUUCCGCAACGAAGUCCUGUCCGCCGCACCCCAAAAAGUAUCCGCCGAUACGAUGGCAGACAUUAAGGGCGUGCGAAGUGCCGCCGAUAUGAAAGCCUCCGCCGGUGUAUCCGAAAUGAGUCACUAUUCACAGCCGGACAGUCCGGCGCCAUCGGCGGCCUCGUCGUCGGCCCAAUCUAUGACAUCCAGAGGUAGUUCGGGCGCUAAGAGAGUCCUAAGGACUCGUCCGCUAGAGUCGGGCCAACCCCCGUCCAAAAGGGUUCGGCGCUCAGAGCGGCGACUCUCUAGUCGUCGACUGAACCCUAAGCUCGAAGCCAUCGCUGAGAAUGAGGCGCCAAUUGAUGGUCACAACAAUAGCAACUUAUCCGCUGUGAUAACACCGCCAGAAACCGUCACCAGUUCUGCCAUCGAUUCGACUGUCACUUCAGUCGAGGACAACUACGAAGUGACAGAUACGGCGUCAGAGUCUCCACAGACUCCGUCCCCUCCGCCGUCGGUAUACUCUCCCCCGCCAUCGCCUCCGCCGCAGACACCGUCUCCGCCGCCGUCGGCAGAGACACCUCCGACGCCCCAAAUGGCCAGUUGUGGCACAAACACCACCACAACUACAUUACAGACUGUCGAAGAGAUUCUACCAAAUGUCGACGAUUUGGAUCUAAUUGUCGACGAAAAACCCAUUGAUCUCACGCUU